UACAACAGAGGGGUGUGGCGCUGGCUCAGGCCCACAAUGACACACGAACCCCCUUCUGUAGCCUUCACUUCAGUUUCUGGAAGAGUCGGAGGUAGAUCAAGACCGCCGUCAUGUCAGAUUGGAAGAACAAAUGUGAGGCUGAGUGGAGUUUACAGGGUGCACCGAUGCCCGACAGCCUGGACUGGAAGUCCAUCUACGAGGCGAAGCCGCUCAACAGGAAUCUACUGAAGAACACUUCGCCUUUCGGUCUGAGUAAAGACAUCCCUCCACCUGAACCUGAGUUGGCUGAUAUGCCGUCUCAUGGACCUCCACGUUUUACACCCGAAGGUGACUUUGGUGGCUGGACCACGAACACAGAGGUCCUCCCCUAUGACAUGAGUGGCAUCCCACCUAAUGUCGUGGUCUGUCACAUGCCUCAGUUCAGCUGGUUCUCAAUGGAGCAGAUUGUGGACCUGAAAGCAGAGGGACUGUGGGAGGAGCUGCUGGACGACUUUCAGCCUAAAAUUGUCAUCAAUGACUGGUAUGAGGAGAGUCAGUUGCACGACUUCAUCUACGAGCUGCAUGUGAAGUUACUGGGAGUGGACAAAAGCACGGUGAUCGCCGAGCACUCCGUCAGCCCCAAGGACGACCGCAGCAAUUACUCACACACCUGGAAAGAGGUGUCGCACGUGUUCUCCGGGUACGGACCUGGGGUGAGAUAUGUCCACUUCACGCACCGCCUGAAGAAUUCUUUCAUGAUGGAGUUCUUUUCCACAAAGUUCACUGGCAGCUCAGUGAUGGUCGAACCGGUCAAAACCAGCUCGUAGGCUCGAGAGCUGUGUAACACAGUCAGAGCGGCUGACAUGCUUAAUCUAAUCAACACACAUUUGCUGUUAAACGAGUUCCUCUCGCUUUGAUUUGAAUGCACUAUCAAUUUUUAAAGGGUGAAUUAAUUGGUUUUGCUUUAUUGUUUUUAAACAAGGGGCACACUUGAUUUGUUGUAAGGAAUAAGGAAUUAUACAUUGUCCUAAAAUAAAAGUUUUAUAUUUAAAAAUGGAAAAAA